UGGCGCUCGCGACUGGUUUCUUAUCAAUGUAAUAACGGAGAAAGGCGUCGUUUGGAGUUCACACCUUAGCAGUUCAGUGCAGCCGACACCAUGAAUGUUUCGAUCGAGCGAAAGCGAACGGAUUGUGCCGCUUUGCCGAAGGGCUGGCAGCGAGAGGAAAUCCUCCGCAAGACGGGUCUGUCGGCCGGAAAGGUCGAUGUGUACUACUACAGCCGCGGAAUGCGUGCCGAUACCUCGCUCAUCCCACCGAUACGACAGACGGCGUCGAUCUUCAAGCAACCGGUAACGGUCGUCCGGUCGCAGGAAACCGACAGCAGCAGAGUGAAGCGCGAACUCCAGCACGGUAGCCAGAUCAAACCGAAACAACUGUUUUGGGAGAAGCGACUCGAGCACCUGGGAGCAAGCAACACGCACAACGAAGAGAUCGGAGCGAUCGAGUUACCGAAGCGUCUACGUGCAAUUGGGCCCGGGAUUCAUGAAACGACCGUCCUUCAAUCGUUGGCCACCGCACUGCACCACAAUACUCAUCCGGUGACUGGGCAAACGGCAUCGAAAACGUCGCUCAACACGAACGCCGGCGUGUUCGUCAAUCCCGACCAACCGCUGAUGUCGAACGCCAGCGUCGGUGAGGACGAUAUCAAGCGGCAAGAGGAACGCGUCCAGUACGCCCGACUGAGGUUGCAAGAAGCUUUGCGGGCCUAAAUCGACGAGCAAGCGACGUGGCGUUAUUUCAUCCGUAUCGGAGCAGCAACGUUUAACUAUAAGCAAACGACACAGACACACACAAACACACCGUUUUAUCCUAAACUAGACGUGAUUCUUACUUUUUUACAUUUUCGUACAAGUGGUACGA